AUGAAGAGCGGCAGGGACGCCGCGGGCGCGCGCGGCGAGGGGCCGCGGAGGCGAGGGCUGUGCGUCCUGUGCGUCCUGUGCGGCCUACCCGCCGCAGGGAAGUCGACCUUCGCGCGGGCGCUCAGCCACCGGCUGCGACAGGAGCGCGGCUGGGCCGUCGGCGUCGUCGCCUACGAUGACGUCAUGCCGGACGUGUUCCCGCAGGAGGCGAGCGCGCGGCCAUUGCCAUCCCAGUGGAAGCUGCUUCGACAGGAGCUGUUGAAGUACUUGGAAUACUUCUUGGUGGCUGUCAUUAAUGGGUGUCAGAUGUGUGCCCCACCCAACAGGACUGAAGCCAUGUGGGAAGAUUUUACCACCUGCUUAAAGCAUCAGGGCCUGCUUUCUUCGGCAGCGCGGGAGGGCCAGUCUGGCUACCUCUUGACAGAGACCGUUGUUUCUGGACCUUUGAUUUUGAUUUUAGAUGACAACUUUUAUUAUCAAAGUAUGAGAUAUGAAGUCUACCAACUGGCUCGGAAAUAUUCAUUAGGCUUUUGCCAGCUCUUUUUAGACUGUUCUCUCGAGACCUGCUUACAGAGGAAUGGCCAGAGACCACGGGCACUGCCUGCCGAGACCAUCCACGCGAUGGGAAGGAAGGUGGAAGAGCCGCACCCUGGGAAAAACGCGUGGGAACACAACAGCCUCACGAUCCGGGGGUCAGCAGGUCCCUCUGAGACCAGCCCGGAGGUGACUGAUUUACUGCUCACUGCUCUGGAGAAUCCAGUGAAACAUGUUGAGGACGAUGCGGAACAAAAGGAAACAGACAGAUUUAUUUGUUCAACUAACGUUCUUCAUCAAGCUGAUCAGAUGCUGCGAAGAGUUGUCUCUCAGACCAUGAAGGAAGCAAAAGAUGAACAAGUGCUUCCUUGCAGCCUGAAGCUUCUAGCAGAAGACCUUAACAAGCUCAAAGCGGAGUUUCUGGAAGACCUGAGACAAGGAAACAGAAAAUACCUGUGCUCUCCACAAACCAUGGACACAGCAGACGUUCUUUCUUUCUUUCAUUAUGAGAAAGAGAGCAUUGUGCGGAAGUAUUUUUCAAAGCAGCGUUCAGACUUCUGAAUUUCUGACCAAAUGUCUGCUUUUGGUUACGAUUUUGCAAACCGACUGCAGCAGUUUUGUACGACUGGGUGUUUCCUAGGCCAGUGAGGUGACAGGCCCAAGAUGAUUCCUCAUAAAAAUCAGGCAUUCUGAAAGAUCCAUGUGUCUUUGCUUUAGCUUAGAAAAGGGGGACACCUGUAAUACUUCCAACAAUAAAAAGUAAAUAAAAGAUCUGUUUGUUGCUCUCGUCAAGUGUGACCCAGAUAAUCAAGCGCCAGAGCCUGCAGGGCUGGGGGGUGGAGGCAGAGCCAGAUGUGUGGAUCUUACAUGAAGCGAAGAAACUAGAAAGGGGACGGAAUGUGGAUGUGUGGAGCUGU